AUGUCUGUCUGUCUGCAGGAAGAAAUUCCUGCUAAAGUGAUUGCAGAGAGCAUCACUUUGGCUCAGAAGCAGCAAGAGAAGACAAGGGCAGAGCUGACUAGCUUAGAGCUGGCCCUGUUUGAGGAUCUAGAGGCAGAACACUCUACUACUGCCCCAGCAGCUGAGGAGCAAGCAGAGCAAUCUGCAUCCGAGCCUGUGGAGCAUGUAGAACUACCUGUUUUAGUUCUAGAAGCUGUAGUGGAAAUGGCUGCAGCUGCUCCUGAAGUGGUGUCUUUUUUGGUAGAAGUGCCCAGAUCGGCUGGUGUUCUGGCAAUGGUGACCAGUCCCUUGAAUCCUCCAAUCGUUGCUGUUCUUCUAACACGGCCCUCCUUUGCUGAUCCAGAACUGGCAGAGUUUGAAGCCAUGGACCUGGAUGCCCAGCUGGACAAGCUGGAGAAGCUUAGUUCUACUCCUAGCAAAGCAAAAUCUAAGGCAGUGGAGGAAGUUAUGGAGAGGCUGAAGAUAUGGCAGUCCACUGAGCUGAAGCUGGAUGAUGAUAGGGAAGCCAUUGACCAGCUGAUGAAAGACCUGGACCUGCUGCACAGACAGAACAUAUCUCCCAAGCCCAUACUUGAGAUGAGCCUUGGCAUGGCAAGAGAUGUGCUUAACCUCCACGAUCAAUAUGAGGAUCUCAAGCCUACCUUCAAGACCUCUGAGUUCUGCAAUGCUACUCACGAAGCCAACCUGGCUGAUUUUGCAAAGCAGAAGGCAGAACUAGAACAAAUGGUGUCGAGAUACAAGGAGGCCAAGGCCACUGCAGACAGCUAG